CUAGAGGCAUCAAAGAUUUGUCGAUAGCUGUGCGUCGCAGCCUGCAGUAAACAGGAAACUAGUUUGCUAGUAGGAAAGGAGAGGACUGUGCAUCUUUUUUAUUUUUGAAAAUGCGGAGUGUGCGGUUCUGCUGAAUCUUGAAUCAUGACCAGAGGAUGAGCUGUCUGUCGGUGCUGCAGUCGUGAGCCAGGCUGAGCGCCCAAUGGCCGAGGUAGCAGUUUUUAUUUCCUCCAUCUGGCUCCUUAAGUUGAAAGAAGGCCCUUGUAUUCGGAGUGGACGCGAGAUCUUUGCCCUUUUCGAGAGGAGAAAGCAAAGAACUGCUAGUAGUUGAUGUGGAAAUCAGGUAUAUAUAAAGUUAGCUAGCGAUGAGUGGGAGUGGGGAGGACCAGCUAUAUUUAAAACGUGUGCCAAUGCUUAUUAUGUAAGAAGUGCGCUCUCAUGGUAUCUCAAUUUUUGGCUGAGUUUACAUAUGAUUUGAGGCUCCAACUUAAUCCCCUUACAUUAAUUGUCAGGGCUCACCAUCGUAACAUACGGACAUCCUGAAAGUCUGUUUUUCUAAAGAUUGGUUUUAACAAAUGGCAGAAUUUUUCCUUAUUUAAUUGGAUGGGCAGAGAAAGGUGAUUACUGAUGAAUGAUAGUUUUUGUUUUUAUUCUUUUGAUGGGGAAAAAGACGUAAAAACUCAGCCUUAAAAUAUUUGAUUAGUAUACUGAAUUCUUGUAAAUUGGAUCUUGUGGCAUUCUUAUUUGUCUUUUUAAAAGGAGUUUAUCUUAGGAGCUGUGAAACUUCUUUUGGUAAGAUCACAGUUCCCAUUUCUAUUAUUUGACAUACGCUGACAUAAAUCAGAGUGAGCUGUGACUAAAAAUCCCAUUUUUCACCUUAUUCAGAAUGGUUUGAUUUCUUCAAUAUUCAAAACCAAAAUGCAAUGUUUUCAGGAAACUAUAGAAUGAAACCCCCUAUUUCCUGCGUUUGCACCGUGCCACGUUUUGCUUGCACAAGGCAUUACUGUGUGUGUAAGUGGCAUUGCUGCUUCCAAGCCUGGAAAUUUCAUUUAAUGAAGUUGUCCUUUUCUGGGUUAGCAUUUGGUGCUUUUUUGCCAUUAUUGGAAAGAAAGGCUUUUUUAAAAAGCUGUUUUACUGGGUAUAGCAUUUUUCAGUUUCAGUCAAUUCAGUUUGCUAAUCGCUGAGACAUUGUUUUGGGGUAUGACUUUCUCAGUUCCCACAGUUCAAGGAGGAAGUUUUAAAAUCUUGCAUGGCAGGUAAACUGGAAGUAUUUGAGCAGGGCAGGAAGGAACUUAAAUAUAUGUGGCUUUAGGGCAGUAGCAAGCAUUUUCUUUGCUGUUGGCUCUCCUGCUUAUUUUGUAAGAUUAUUUAGUAUUGUUAGGUUUUAAGAGAAUUUGAGUUCCCUCUGACUCAGAAUAUCAUCAUUAGUUUGGUAUGACAAUAAGAUAAAUUAGACUUGAAUCAAACUUCUAAGAGGUAUAAAAAUCUCUUUACUUCAGGAAAGAAGACACCAUUUUUAUACUUCAUGUUGGUGAUACAGCCAUUUGAAGGUCUGCUCCAAGAAAAAACAUGGCUGCAAAGGAGAAGCUGGAGGCAGUGUUAAAUGUGGCCUUGAGGGUGCCCAGCAUCAUGCUGUUGGACGUGCUGUACAGAUGGGACGUUAGCUCCUUCUUCCAGCAGAUCCAAAGAAGUAGCCUCAGUAACAACCCUCUUUUCCAGUAUAAGUAUUUGGCUCUUAAUAUGCAUUAUGUAGGUUAUAUCUUAAGUGUUGUGCUGCUAACCCUGCCAAGGCAGCAUCUGGUUCAGCUUUACCUCUAUUUUUUGACGGCCCUGCUCCUCUAUGCUGGACAUCAGAUCUCCAGGGACUAUGUUAGGAGUGAACUGGAGUCUGCCUAUGAAGGACCAAUGUAUUUAGAACCUCUCUCCAUGAAUCGGUUUACCACAGCCUUAAUAGGUCAAUUGGUGGUAUGUACUUUAUGCUCCUGUGUCAUGAAAACGAAGCAGAUCUGGCUCUUUUCAGCUCACAUGCUUCCUCUACUGGCACGGCUCUGUCUGGUUCCUCUGGAGACCAUUGUUAUCAUCAACAAAUUUGCUAUGAUUUUUACUGGAUUGGAAGUUCUGUAUUUUCUGGGGUCUAAUCUUUUAGUCCCUUAUAACCUUGCUAAGUCUGCAUAUAGAGAAUUGGUUCAGGUAGUGGAGGUGUAUGGUCUUCUAGCCUUGGGAAUGUCCCUGUGGAAUCAGCUGGUAGUCCCUGUUCUUUUCAUGGUUUUUUGGCUUGUCUUAUUUGCUCUUCAGAUUUACUCCUAUUUCAGUACUCGGGAUCAGCCUGCGUCACGUGAAAGGCUUCUUUUCCUUUUUCUGACAAGUAUUGCUGAAUGUUGCAGCACUCCCUACUCGCUUUUGGGUUUGGUCUUCACAGUUUCUUUUGUUGCCUUGGGUGUUCUGACCCUCUGCAAGUUUUAUCUGCAGGGUUAUCGAGCUUUCAUGAAUGAUCCUGCCAUGAACCGGGGCAUGACGGAAGGAGUCACACUGUUGAUCUUGGCGGUGCAGACAGGCCUGAUUGAGCUGCAGGUGGUGCACCGGGCCUUCCUGCUCAGCAUCAUUCUCUUCAUUGUCGUGGCUUCUAUCCUCCAAUCCAUGCUGGAGAUAGCCGACCCCAUCGUGCUGGCGCUUGGAGCUUCUCGAGACAAGAGUUUGUGGAAACACUUCCGUGCUGUGAGCCUUUGUUUAUUUUUACUGGUAUUCCCUGCUUAUAUGGCUUACAUGAUUUGCCAGUUUUUCCACAUGGACUUUUGGCUUCUUAUCAUUAUUUCAAGCAGCAUUCUCACCUCUCUUCAGGUUUUGGGAACACUUUUUAUUUAUGUGUUAUUUAUGGUUGAGGAAUUCAGAAAAGAGCCAGUAGAAAACAUGGAUGACGUCAUCUACUAUGUGAAUGGCACGUAUCGCCUGCUAGAGUUCUUGGUGGCCCUCUGUGUGGUGGCCUAUGGUGUCUCAGAGACCAUCUUUGGAGAGUGGACAGUCAUGGGCUCCAUGAUCAUUUUCAUCCAUUCCUAUUACAAUGUGUGGCUUCGUGCCCAGCUGGGCUGGAAGAGCUUCCUACUCCGCAGAGAUGCUGUGAAUAAGAUUAAAUCAUUGCCCAUUGCUACGAAGGAGCAGCUUGAGAAACACAAUGAUAUAUGUGCCAUCUGUUACCAGGACAUGAAAUCUGCUGUGAUCACCCCUUGCAGCCAUUUCUUCCAUGCAGGCUGUCUCAAGAAGUGGCUGUAUGUCCAGGAGACCUGUCCUUUGUGCCACUGCCACCUCAAGCACUCUGCCCAGCCCCCAGGCUCUGCAGCAGAGCCAGCAUCCCCACCUCACACUGGUGUCGAGCCCCAUGGUGGGCUGCAUCCUCCUGGGCAAGAGCCACCUCAAGGGACCAUGGCACAGGAAGGUUCCAGGGACAAUGGUGAGUGCAUUCCCACAAGUUCAGACAGCCCUGAGGGGGCUCUCGGUCCCCGGGAAUGUCCUGUUAGCUCAAACGAUGUGACAAGUCCGAUGGGGUUCAGCCUAGAAGAACAGCAUCAGGAGUGACCUGGGGACACUGGAGCAGAGGACACGCACGUGAAGUCGUGCUCAGACUUGGAGGGAAUGUAAGAGGGGGUCGGGCAUGAGCCAUGACAUUCCACAGAGUGGGGCCGCCUGCUUCCGUCUCCUUGAUGUUGUGGGAAGAAGUUUGUGAGGCCUCCUCAUCACAGAAUAUCUGUACAUCUGUGCUGUCGUCGUGUGGAGGUUCAUCCAGAAAAUUAGCCUUGGCAACUUCGCAGACUGCUCCUGAUUGUGAGGGAUGGAUAAAACCAGCACUCGGUGUCUGAAGGGGCUGAAGAAAGGAGGCCACAGAGCACGAGACCAGCCUGAGAAGAAGCAGGCAGAGGGGGACCAGGAUCGUCUGUCACAGAGUGUGAGCGGUGGUGACUGGCCUUUUUCCUCCACCACCUUCCUCUAGUAAUUGGAACUCAGGUGAAAUACUGAGUUUGGACAGCACUGAAACAAAAUCAAAGAUGUCAAAGCAUUGAUUGUAUUCCCAGACCAAAGCACGCGCAGACUUCGCAUGUGCUGUAGGGGUGGGGCGGGGGGCGCGGGCCUGCCGGGUACGUUCAUGUAAUCCAAGACUCUUGACCUCUAUGAUGGAGUCUUCAAUAUUUUGAUGUAUAUGAGACUUUUGUUAAUAUAUUGUAUACUGUGUUGGCUGUGUGAAGUAAACUAAAACUCUGAUGAACACUUUGGAGUCCGCUUCAGUGUAGGAAACCAAAGUGGGAAGGGCUUUAGGGCACUGAGAGAGCCCCCAAGUGUACUUUCCAAUCUUGUGUAAUGUUUAAUUCUUGCAACUGAAUCAAAACAGUGUUAAAUUCAUGGCGAUAUUUGCACUUGGGGAAUGAGUACAUAACUGUAUGACCACACUCUGCAAAUGCCACUUUUAAAGCUGUUAAUAGACUUUGCACCUUUUCUUUGACAAGGAUGUGUCAUACUCAGAUUUUUACAUUCAUCAUGGUUACAGGUAGAACUGGGGAGGGGGGAAGGUAAUUUUCUAUGGGAAUUUUGAUAUGAAAAGAAACUAGUCCUUUAUUUAUACAAUAGGCUUGACUCAAAAAGUGUUUUUCAGACUUGGUAUUCUUAAUGUGGGAUGUGACUUUAUUUUAUUUUUAGUAGCAAAUUUGGAUGUAGACUGACAGACAUAGCUGAAUGUCUCAAUAAAUUUAAAUUUGAAGAUAAUGUUGUUUUGC